AUGAAAGGCGAUACGACCACAAUGUUGUAUGCAGAGUUCGCCACCACGCUGGACAGGGAUACUGCCGUGGCUCUGAUCAAAAGGCGGGCCCAUCGUGACCAUGUUUCACUCAGGGCCCCGGCGGUCCUCAACCUUCACUUCGCCGCUGCCCCCGUCGACGGGCUGACCGACGACAACGAGGGCCCCGACAUCGAGGCACAGUCGGCCAGGACAGGUCUGGGUGUCGGGGUGUCCGGGUGCCCGGGUGCCCGGACGCCCGGGUGUUGGGGCGUCCGGGUGCCCGGGUGCCCGGGUGCCGCCUGGGUGUCCGGGCGUCCGGGCGUCCGGGUGCCCGGGUGUCCGGGUGCCCGGGUGCCCGGGUGCCCGGGUGCGUGGGUGUCCGGGCGUCCGGGCGUCCGGGCGUCCGGGCGUCCGCGCGUCCGGGCGUCCGGGUGCCCCGGCGUCCGG